CUCCAUAAUAAUCUACGCAAACAAAAACCCUUCUCCUCCUUUUCAGAUUCAAAGGCUUAGGCGGCGGCAAGAGGCGGAGAUGGAUCCAGAUGCGGUAGCGAAGGCGUUUGUUGAGCACUACUACUCCACUUUCGAUACUAAUCGGGCAGGUUUGGCUAACCUGUAUCAGGAAUCCUCGAUGUUGACGUUCGAAGGUCAGAAGAUUCAGGGAUCUCCCAACAUCGUAGCCAAGUUGACAUCACUCCCUUUCCAACAGUGCAAGCACAGCAUCACUACCGUUGACUGUCAGCCCUCUGGCCCCGCCGGCGGCAUGCUCGUCUUCGUCUCCGGUAACCUCCAACUCAGCGGCGAGCAGCAUGCUCUUAAGUUCAGCCAGAUGUUCCAUCUAAUGCCCACACCGCAGUCAAGCUUUUACGUCCUGAAUGACAUUUUUAGGUUGAACUAUGCUUGAAGCCACCUUUAUGAGAGGUUAUCUAUGUCCCUUGAUUAAUCAUGACUAGGGGCACAAAUGAAAUCUGGUUAUUAUGAUUUUAUAAUGUUUUUUUAUUCUCUUUUGGUAAUUUAUCAAAACUAAGAACUUCACAUGGGGAUUGAUUAUAUGUGAA